AUGGAAGCCACGCUCAGUCAUGUGGCGAGCGUUUGGGCCCGCCAACGCAGCAAUAGUCCGAUCUAUAAUCUGCUCCUCGAUGAAAUCAGUAUCUACCAUGCCGAAAAUGGCCUGAUUCGCGCCACACUACCUUUACGCCAGCUUCAUGUCAACUCCAAAGGCACCCUACAUGGCACAUUGUCAGCAUGUGUGGUAGACUGGGCUGCGGGCAUGGCAAUUGCAUCGACCGGCCUCAAUGCUACUGGUGUUAGCACGGAUCUAUCUGUUUCUUAUAUCUCGACCGCCCAAAUUGGAGAUAUACUCGAGAUUGAAGGGAAGAUUUUGAAGAUUGGGAAAACGUUGGCGUUCACUACAAUUACCAUCGGUAAAAAAGUCGGGGAAGAAACCGUGAACGUCGUGCAGGGCUCGCAUACCAAGUACGUUAGGCAGUGA